AUGGCGUUGAACCGCUUGCUCGUGACGCUCGUCCGUCACGGAGAGUCACAAGACAAUCAGCAAGGCGUUUGGGCCGGCUUCCGCGACACGCCCCUCACCAUCAACGGCGUCAACCAAGCAAGAGCCUUGGGCCAGUCUUUUGCCAAUGUACCGCUCACCGCCAUCUACUGCAGCGACCUAAAGCGCGCAGCGAUGACUGCCGACGAGAUCCUCAAAUCAAAUCGCUCCAUCCCGCCGCCUCCCUUGGUGCAGUCCAAAUCGCUACGAGAAAUCAACUUCGGACAGGCCGAGGGUCAGAGCUAUGCGCAAGCUGAGUGGAUGGCAGGCUCGAGUGGCGACAAUGCGCGCAAGUUCCACUUUCCCGACGGCGAAUCACUCGAAGAGGUCAACGCCAGAAUAGCCAAAGCGGUGCGCCAGUUCAUCCUUCCACGCAUCGAAGCGCUGCGCAAGACGCCUGUCUCUCGAAACGGUGCUGCUGUUGCGAGUGACAUUGUGCAUAUCUGCAUCGUUGCUCACGGCAUCGCCAUUGCCGAGCUCCUACGCGUCUUUAUGGCACUUCACGACUCGUCAUCUGCCUCGUCAAGUCCAUGGCCAGAUCCAAACUCUACCUACCAGCGAGUACGUCUCGAAAACACCGGAUGGUCUCGUCUCGAGAUAGCUGUGCCGCUCCUAGGCGACGCCGAGAUUCCUUCAGGAACGGACCCUGACUCUUCAGCAUUGCCAACUGCGAUUGCGAACGAAUCGACGACCCAAGCGACCACACCUUUAGCUCGUUCUGACGCGCAGCCCCAAUACACCGAUUUUGGCGAGGUGCAGACCGACCUUGUUGAGGGGCCCGUCGAUGCAAAGCAAAAGACGCUCGCCAAUGCUGCUCUGCCUUUAUCCGAGUCGGCCGCGGCGCGCCCCAUCUACGUACGCAUCCUCUGCCAGAAUCAGACCGACCAUCUACGCGGCUUCACCUCGCAGCAAGGAUCCGCCACUUCGGCGGCCAGCAUGGCCGCGCAUCUGGCUGGCGGCGGUGCAGUUUCCAAGCCAUCGGCGGGCGCCACUUCGGGCUCAGGAGCCGCGCUGCCGUCUCAACCCGCUUCGGCAGCUGCAGCCGCCGCCGUUGGCCUGCCAUCUUCGGCAACCCUGGCAUCGAUCGCUUCCAACGCCACCAGCUCUUCCAACCACCCCAGCACUGCAAUCGGCCCAUCUACACCGGCGACAGGUGCCGCUUUGUCUGGUAUCGGCACGUCCAAGAACCUCACAACCACUCCAGCAUCCAGUCGCAGUCUUAACUCGUACGACUCCAGAAUGAUGGCACGAGAACUCGAACGCGCAGGUGCUGCUUCCAUGCUCGCUGGAUCCGAAGCAGGUCCGUCAUCGUCGAGCAGCACAAUCGGCUACUAUCCUUCCUCUGCUUCGUCCUCCACACUCGCAACUGAUCGUCACGGCUCGAUCAGCGUAACGGGAGGAGCUGGCGCAGGUGGCACAGUCGAUCGGCCGGGCUAUCCCUCGUCGCCAGGUGUUGGAGGCACCCUGGGAGCCCCUCAAACUCCCAAUACCCAGUUUGUCAGCGCUGGCACGCCGGGAAACGUUGCAGGCGCAACUUCUCCGAAUCCAGGCGGAGUCAGCUUCCCAUUCGGUCCGGGCACUUCGUCGGACACCUGGCAGAUGAUUUGCAUCCGCGUCUUGCCGCUCUUCAACGGCGAGGCGCUGCGCACCAGCAUCGAAGAGAUCAACGAGAUGGUCAGCCUGCACGUACGCAAGACGCUCGACCGUGGUCAUUCCCAUGCUAUCGAAUCCCUCACCCUCGACUUGAUUUCACUGACGUCAACAGGAACGUUGACGCUCAACUCUAAACUCCAGGGCCUGCAAGAUACACGCCUCUUGUUGAGAUUGGUGGAGGUUUGGACGUUUUUCCUAGGCCAGGUGCUUCCUUAUUGCGAAGCCUGCUUCCUCCCUUUCCAUACCGACCCCACGCUGCGCAGUCUUGUCGCCGCCGGCUCUUCCACGUACAGCACGUCAGCAGGUGGGACAGGUAGUAGCAAUCCUUUCGGCACGAGCGCCCACUAUGCGCAGUCCGGAGCUGCAGGCAUCCUAUCAGGAGCGGCUAACGUCAACUUGGAUUUACAACGCAUCGACGUUCGCAAGAUCCUGCUUGUCGUCUUUCGAGACCAGGUGCUUAUGCCCAUCAACGAACGACUCUUGUACCUUUUUGCCCAUCUCACGGAGCUGGAUCCCGCCUUCUCCGCUGCAGAGGCCACCAGCACCAGUGCUGGCGGCGGCGACGACGAUAGCAUCAAGCAAGUCUCGUUGCGUCUGUUGCAGAUGAUCAGCGUGCUCGCCAGUAUACUCAGUGAAGACGAGGCACAGGAUGCCAUGGACAAUUUGUUGCGUGCACUACGCCUCGGAUCCAAGGGUGCUUCCAACGGACGCAACCGCAGCGCCGGAGAAGGUCAAGGUGCUCGUGCCGGCUCGCCCACGCAUAAGAACAACCGACGAGGCUGGAUGGCGCAAAAAGCGCGCAAGCAUGGAAACGGCUCGGAUUCUCAGGGCGAGAUCAGCACAUUUGGCAGCGUCUACAGUGGAGCUGGCCAUUUUGGCACCGCUGCGCAACGAUCGUUCUUGUCGCGGCCGAGCCAUAUGUCGAGCUUCAAAGAUCCGCUUGCCUCUCGCUUCGGCGCGGAAAUGACAGAGGAUGAGUAUCUCAGUGCGCUGCGAUCUCCGGGCGGCUCUCCGGCCAUCCCGACGCUGGGUCAGCCAGAUGCCCCUGCUACGGCAGCGGUGGACCAGACGGGGGCGUUGUUCGCAGCAGAGACACACGCCUUGCAGGCAAGGUCGGGCCAUGAUCAUUCUGCGACGACGCCGAUGGCUGGAUCGCGGACGAGCCUGCCUGUUGCAUCGGAUGUGGACGAAGGGGAGCCAGCGGCUCUCCCGACCGCACUUGCAGCAUGA